AUGACUAUUUUUGAAAAGAAAACACUCAAUGGCAAAGUUAUAAAUAUAGAUGUGACAAAUAGAGUUAAGUUUUUGAACGGCUGGCAGAUAACCAUUAAUGCAUUAUUACAGUUGUGGGACGACAUUCAAAAACCAAAUUAUGUUUUAUGUACCUAUAAAUUAAACCAGGACUGCUUGGAAAACCUUUUUGGCAGCUUUCGGAAUCAAAAUGGAAACAAUGUAAACCCAACACCUAUACAAUUUCUCUGGGCAUUUAGAAAGAUAUUUUUCAUAAACUUCUUCAAACACAGCGAUGGAUCCAACUGCUUAGACGACUUAAAUGAAAUCCUAACCAACAUUGGAGAAUUGGCUCCACCAUUGACUAAUGCACCUGUAUUAUUCCCAGAGAAAUCUCCAUUUAAAUUGUGUGCUUUAAAAGUAAGCACUGUAGAUUACAGAGAGUUGUGUUUCCCUGCAAUGAAUGUACUUGCAUAUGUGUGUGGAUAUUUAAUAAAAAAAUGCUUUGAAAAACAUUCCUGUGAUUUAUGUUUAAAGUAUGCUAAGCAUCAAGAUCAAUUAGAUCAAUCAUUUAUAUUUAUAUUCUUAAAGGCCUACCAAAAUACAGAAAAUUCAACCUAUGGAAAUUUAAAUGUACCUCCCGAUCAGUUUAUUAAUUAUAUUAAUGAAUUAGAUGACAUUUUUGUAAGUAAUUUUCCUACACUAGCAGUAGAGAAUGAUGUUGGAAGAAAACUUAAAAAUUUCAUAGACAAUAUUCCUUUUAAUCACCCAUGCCCUAAAUUUGACAUUGAAUACUUAAAGGCUCUUUACAUUCGAUUAAGAAUUUUUCAUACUGUUAAAUAUUUAAAUAAAAAUUUACUAUCAAUGGGAAGAAAGAAUAGAAAAUUAGACAUUCUCUCUCACCUUUAA